AUGGCGGCCGCGGGGGUCGCCCGGCUCCUUCGCGCCGCCUCCGUGGCCCUGGCCGGCCCGGCCUGCCGGUGGCUGCUCCUCGCCGGACCCCGUGCGGGAGCCGGUGGCCUGCGGGGGAGCCGGGGGCCGGGCGGGACCCCCGAGCCGAGCCUGGGCGGCAGCGCGGGGACGAGCCGGCCUCUGAGCGUGUCGGCGCGGGCGUGCAGCAGCUCAGAAGAUAAAAUAACAGUCCACUUCAUAAACCGCGAUGGUGAAACAUUAACAGCCACAGGAAAAACUGGUGACUCUCUGCUAGAUGUUGUGGUCGAAAAUAAUCUAGACAUUGAUGGUUUUGGUGCACGUGAGGGAACUUUGGCUUGCUCUACUUGUCAUCUUAUCUUUGAAGAUCAUGUAUUUGAGAAGUUAGAAGCAAUCACUGAUGAGGAGAAUGACAUGCUUGAUCUGGCGUUUGGACUAACAGACAGUUCAUUUCACUCUGGUGGAGGUGAGACCAAUACCCUGAGAGGAGAAAUUGGGACAGUAGUAUCUCGUUAG